AUGCUGCUGCCACCUGUUCCUCCGUCCCAUGACGCUAUUGCGGCCCACGACUUCUAUCAUCAUCACCGUGCAGGAUGCGCGGCGGGAGCCCUGCUGCUAAUGGUUUCAGGAUUUAUUUACGUUCCCUACGCCGCAGUCAUCCCCCAGCAAAUGCGACUUAUCCCAACUCUUGACUCUGCCAUCCCAUCGCUUCAGCUCGCAAUCAGCGCGGCCUCUGUUCUUGGAUUCGUGGUUCCGGCUAUGGGAUUGGUGAACUUCAUUGCGCCGAUGUUCUUGGCCAGUUCGAGUGGCGUUCAUGUGAAUAAGACCGGUUUAUAUGCGUGGGACUCACAUUUAGUCUGGAUCGGCGCUUUGGUGGCGAUUGGAGUUCAGUACUGGACAGAUACGACUAUCCUAUGGCAUAAUAUCCGACACAUGGCAGAGCUCCAGAUCAAGAGAGAGCCGAUCACAAGCCACGGCGUGGAGAAUAUGACAAGAGGCAAAUUUCCAACUGUUUGA